AUGUUUACAGCCGUUUCAACUGUUUCUGUGUGAAUCAACGAAGCAGGACAGCUGAUGUCCUGACGGACAAAAUGCCAAAUUUUGUCCUUUUGCUAAUUCUGGGAAUCCACACAACUGCAGCUGUGACCCACUCUCUGAAGUAUUUCUACACUGCGUCCACUCAAGUCCCAGGCUUCCCAGAGUUUGUGGUUGUUGCGUUGGUUGAUGAUGUUCAGAUUGCUUAUUAUGACAGUGUGAUUAAGAGAGCAGAGCCCAAACAGGACUGGAUGAGGGAGAUCACUGAUCAGCAGUACUGGGAGAGAGAGACUGGAAACUUUCUGGGUAACCAGCAGAUCUUCAAAGCCAACAUUGAAAUCUUAAAGCAGCGCUUCAACCAAACUGGAGGAGUUCACGUUGUUCAGCACAUGUAUGGCUGUGAGUGGGAUGAUGAGACUGCAGAGGUCAAAGGUUAUGAUCAGUUUGGUUAUGAUGGAGAAGAUUUCAUUGCCCUGAGCCUGGAAACAAAAUCCUGGAUCGCUCCAACCCAACAAGCUGUCAUCACCAAACAAAAAUGGGAUCGUAAUGUAGCUUUUGUAAAGAAUGAGGAGAACUACUUCACUGAGAAUUGUCCUGAGUGGAUGAAGAAAUAUGUGAACUGUGGGAGAAAGUCCCUGAUGAGAACAGAACGUCCAUCAGUUUCUCUCCUCCAGAAAUCUUCAUCCUCUCCAGUCAGUUGCUUCGCUACAGGUUUCUAUCCUAGCAGAGCAGAAAUGUUCUGGAGGAAAGAUGGAGAGGAGAUUCAUGAUGGUGUGGAGAAAGGAGAGAUUCUCUCUAACAAUGAUGGGACCUUCCAGAUGAGUAUCAACAUUUAUCUUUCAUCUGUUCCACCUGAAGACUGGCCCAGGUACGAAUGUGUGUUUCUGCUUUCUGGAGUCGAGAGAGACGUCAUCAGACUGGAGAAAACAAGAAUCAGGAACAAUGAAUUGAAAAGCAUCUCAACAGUAAAUAACAACACUAUGACCAUCCUUGUUGCUGUUGCCAUGGUUUUCCUUGGUCUCGUUGUCAUUAUUGGAUUCAUUCUUUACAAGAAGAUUAAAGGUGAGAGACGAAUAUUGUCUUUCCUGUGUUUUGAUUGUUGUUCUUUACCCAGUGAGAAUUAGACUUGAUUAAAUGUUAAAGUUUUAUAUAAACCUGAUUUAGAGACGAGUCAAUGCCAUGUACAUGUGUAACUUUGAUUUAGAUCCUUAUACUUCACCGAGGUUUAGACCAAGCAAGACUUUAUGAUCUAAAAGUGAUAUAAUUUUAGACUGGAGUCCAUAAAAACUAUAAAUUAUCAAACAAAAAAUGCCAGAAACCCUCGACUCAAAGACAGCUUAAUUUGAUUCAAAAUGAAUAAACCCAAUCAUUUUUUACUGUUGUGAUAUAGUGAAAAAAAAAGAGAGAGAAUAUUGAUAAUUAUGAUGAGAUAUUAAUUGUACUGAACUGGAAGGUGAAAACAUGCAUUUCAAAAUAAAAUGUAACAUUUGA